CUCAGCAUGGCAUUUGAAGAAAGUUGUGCAUCGAUCGGCGACGACGAGGAGGGGGAAGUGACGAUCGUUUCCGCGUCGUCACUGAAAAAGCGGAAGCGAUCACUGAAGAUUCUGCCCGAAAAUACUUCGACACCGUAUAGCGCCGCGAAGAAGAGCCGCCUUCAGCGUCCAGAUGGGCCCCAGAAAAGACCAGCAACGCCGAUGCCGAAGGUAACCUUUUCCUCCUCAAUAAUGCGCAUUACACGUGGCGUGCAAACGAUGGCUCCACCGGAGAUGAAGGACCGGCAAACGCAGGUGUCGGUGGUGCCGAAGAAACAGUUUACGGUGGCCGUUCAAACGCAAAGUAGCUGCUGCGGAACAGGUGCAAUCGCAUGUCAGACUUCGAUCGAUGAUCUAGUACUCCGUGAGGAGGCUUGCGUUGGUACCAGCCAAUCAUAUCCUCCAGAGAAGCCACCGCAAAAUGAUGCCGCUUGCCAGACUACGGCAACGGCCGUCGUACCAGAGGGCGAUGAAGAACCGAACCAUCCGGAACAGGCACUCACCUUGAUGAUGCUGGCAACAAGUACCAACGAGCGGUGCCACCAAACAGCGACGACGGAGGACGAGUUAACGGAUUCGUUGAUGCGUCGCGAAAUAUUGCAACGAAUUGCGCAAAGCUAUGGCAUCGAUCUGUCGAGCGGGGCGGAACGCUCGCCACUGGAGAACAAUAAGCAAAAUAAGAAGAAGAAGAAGAAAAAGAAGAACAAAGAUCGGCAGCAACAGGAUGAGUUGGCCGCCAGGGAACAGCUAUUAAAUGAAACCUGCGACACUGUGAUGGCCAAGGUGGAUGAGAAGCUAUCCACGUUGAUCGCUGGCCAUCUGGACAUGUACCGUCGUCAGAUGGUGCAGCAUCGGCAACGUUAUCUGAGCUGGAUCCAGGAACAGAAGGCUCGCAGCAGCCCUGCGGUGCGUCGUAAGCCACUUGGCAAGCCAAACAACCGUAUCGAACGAUCGUCGGUGUCGCUGGAAGAGAAAGCCGUCCAAUGUGAUCCACUUCCGGCCGCGUUGUCAAGCCAAGGGAGCAGUCAGCGAGUUAACGUCGCCACCCAGUGGUACCGGCAGCGGAUAACACGGUCUAAGGUAGUGAAACCGAAAGCGAUCAAAGCGAAAGAGGACUCUAGCAAACCAAUCCAACAACCUACCAUUUCCACAGAUUCAAAGAGACCCCCAGCCGGCCAGGACCACCCAGAACCAGAAUCAAGCCGCCGACAAACGUUACGCCAAACGAAACUGCCCCUCUAUGUCGAAAACCGGCCAACCGGCGGUGAUCAACGGGGACGAAAAGGAAAACAUACCCCCGAACCAGCAAACCAGUCCGCGGUUCUAGCCGCCGCCACCACCACCACCACCACCACAACCGCUGACACAUCCACGGCCCGCAAGCGAGGCCAAUCCGCGAAACGACUGCCACCGGAACCGGAACCGGAACCGGAACCGGAGAACGUCGAAGAGACACCAUCGGAAACAUCUGAUGAGUGUAGGAACGAUCGCAAACACUAUCCAUACCGGGCUCCACCGCCGGUCUAUCAUUCUCAAUGUUCCAAAUCAUCUGCAACGACCUGUCCCUCGCAAUCACAGCUGUGCAGUCAGCAUCAUCACCACCAUCAUCAUGCUGCGCAUCAACACUAUCAUCCUGUGAGCUGUGGGAAUGAUGAAGCCACUCCAGAUUUCUCCAUGCUUUUGAGUCCCUUGAAGCAGAUGUGCGUUGGAGGGACCAGAGGCUGUUCCGGACAUUGCACCAACAAUUUCGGUGCACCACUAGGCAACUACCUGCCGAUGGGUAGCGAGAGCAUUUCACCGACACAGCAACAAUCAACAUCGUCCAUGAUGUACCGGAACCGGUCGCAACCACGGGUUCUGAUCCGCACGAAAGGCAGCAACCAUGUGCGCACGAGGGAAAAGCCAGCACCGGAAGUGAACGUUAUCAGUAGCCAGGAAUUGUACACCCAGAUUGGCCGGGCCGUCGAGAAUGCUUUCCGGGUGAAAGCACUGCCAACGUUGGCCACCAUGUACGGGGAACCGAUCAUCGAAACGUUCAAUGCAAUCGACGAAGAGGAGGAGGGGGAGGACGAAGUAAACAGCGAGAAUCCUUCGUUCGCCCAGCGAAAGGUGGUUCAACCGAAGCAGAGGCCAGUGAACCAGUUUGUCUGCAGUAGCGGUAAGGAUACUGUCGCCGGCGGUGUAGCCAGGGCACCUCCUAGGGCACCUUUUUACCCAGGACGAUCACCAAGUCUCUCACCCAUCAUCUACGAGGAUGAUAGUGAUGACGACGGGUUCUAGUGCGUUAAUGUUCUCGGUUCGCGUCGCGUUCGCUUUAAUGCGUUUCCGGUUUGAAAAUGUGUUUUAAGCAAAGUAGUGCGCGGGUUCGCUUCUGUGUUUGUACUCCUCUUCGCUUUUCUUGUGGCUACAAUGAAUGAGAUCUUUAAUUAUCAAUCGGGAUAGGUAAAGUAGGGAAUUCUUCUGUUGUUUAUUAUUUGCGCAUUAUUUGCGAAGGAUGCCUUCAUUUAACUUAAUUUUAGCGAUCGUGUGGAAUCGUAAGAGUUAUGAAAUCUAUUGUCUGUUUGAAUUUGACAAUGAGCUAGUUUUAAAGGGAGAAAUUAAACAAAAAAAAUACUAAAUAAAUUAUUUAACACUCA